AUGAAUCGAUUUUUGGAAGGCGAAAUCGGCAACAAAAAGCUACCACCCAUCGGUGCAUAUUGGCAGCAUUCUCUGCUUCCAAUUGAACAAGCUUUGGAACCAGUCAAGGCUAAUAUUGAUGGAUUGGACCGGUCCAUUAAAGAAGCCAAAAGACAUUGCUGUCACCCAUCACCACAUCAACUUACGAAAGAUGAAUCUGCUGCUAUAUAUCUCUAUACUAUGGAAGGCGGAGACAACAGCUUCUAUCGCAUUUUAAACGAAGCUCUUCGCUCCGAAAACCGACGAGCACUACGAUCUUGGUUCGGCUUCUUGAAACUCUUCGACACAGCUCUCUCAAAGCUACCUGCUGUGAAAACGUCAGUGUGGAGAGGAAUAUCCGGUAACAUCAGUCAGCAAUUCAAGAGAGGUGAACUCUUAACAUGGUGGAGCAUUAGCUCAUGUUCAGUGGAAGUCGAUGUUGUUCAAGACUUUUUGGGAAAGAACAUAAACGCCACUCUUUUGAUGAUUGUAACUAAAAGUGCCAAAGAUGUUAGCAGAUACACAAGUUUUCCCGAUGAAAAAGAAGUUAUAUUAGGACCGGGAACUCAACUACGUGUGAAAGGCAAUGCACUACAACAUGGUACAUUGCAGAUUGUUCACUUGGUUGAAGUUUCCGAUGACGAUGGUGAUGAUCAGGAAUCAUUACCGGCAGCUGUGGGUUCUAUGACAUUAAACUCACAAUCAAAGAACACAGAACCCAAACAAGUGUCAUCAGCUUCAGCAGUACCAGUAAUGAAGAAACCAGCGUCAUUGAAUACCAACAAGAAAAACAUACCAGUAUCAUCAAACCGCAAACACUACGUUUGUCAGCAUUCUAGCUGUGAUAAUAGAUAA